ACUGGGGCCGGGGCAGAGUCGGUAGGAGCUGCCCCCCCUUGCUGCUCACCAACCCCUCUCUUCUCUUCCAGCUCGGCGGCUGUGCGCGAUGGUGGCUGGGAUCGAGGUGUGUGCUGGAGGUGCGGGGUGCCGGUGAGUGGUGCUGGUGCAGCCCCUGCAUGGCUCGGGGCAGGUAGAGCCGAGCGCGGGGCCGGCGCAGCUGGCAUGGCCGGCCUGGGCAGAGCCGGCAGGCGUAGGAGGCUGUAGCGCGGCCGGCCAGCAGCGUUGCCAUGGGGUUCACGGUGGCCGAUUACACCGUCUUCGUGUUGCUGCUGGUGCUGUCCUCUGCCAUCGGGCUGUUCUACGCGCUGAGCGGCGGCCGGCAGCGCACGGUGCAGGAGUUCCUGCUGGCCAACCGCAGCAUGAGCUUCCUGCCCGUGGCCCUGUCCUUGCUGGCCACCUUCCAGUCAGCCGUGGCCAUCCUGGGCGUGCCGGCCGAGAUCUACCGCUUCGGCACCGAGUACUGGUUCCUGGGCUGCUGCUACUUCCUGGGCCUCCUGAUCCCGGCGCAUGUCUUCAUCCCUGUCUUCUACCGCCUCCACCUCACCAGCACCUACGAGUACCUGGAGCUGCGCUUUAACAAGGCUGUGCGUGUGUGUGGCACCAUGACCUUCAUCUUCCAGAUGGUGAUUUACAUGGGGGUUGUUCUCUAUGCGCCGGCGCUGGCUCUCAAUGCAGUGACUCAGUUUGACCUCUGGGGGGCGGUGCUGACCAUGGGCCUGGUCUGCACCCUGUACACCACCCUGGGCGGGCUGAAGGCCGUCAUAUGGACCGACGUUUUCCAGACGCUGGUGAUGUUCGCAGGGCAGCUGGCCGUCAUCGUAGUGGGCACCAUCAAGGUGGGCGGCAUGGGGCGGGUCUGGCAGCUGGCGGCUGAUCAGGGGAAGAUCUCUGGAAUCGACCUCAACCCCGACCCCUUUGAGCGUCACACCUUCUGGACCCUGGCCGUCGGGGGCGUCUUCAUGAUGCUGUCGCUGUACGGCGUGAACCAGGCCCAGGUGCAGCGCUACCUCAGCUCCCGCACCGAGCGGGAGGCUGUGCUCUCCUGUUACGCCGUCUUCCCCUGCCAGCAGGUGGUGCUCGGCCUCAGCUGCCUCACGGGCCUGGUCAUGUUUGCCUAUUACCAGGAGCAUCCGCUCACGGCAGCCCAGAGCCAGGCCUCCUCGGACCAGGUGAGUGCGGGCUGGGCCCGGGAUCCACCCCUCCCCCUAAAGCCAGGGGCCCCUCCUGGGGAUUCCCGACUGCGAGAGCUCUGGGCAGCUUUCUUCCUCGCUUGGAGACGGCCCCUCGGCCUUGCUCCCAAGGGCUCGCUGCUAGAAGGGAAACCUUCCCAGCCGCCUGAUGCCUGCCUGAGUCAGCAGAGAGCCUGCGACUCUGGCUCUGGGCAGGGGAACGGCACCAUGCAGCCCCGAGGCGUUAACUCUGAAACCCAACGAUGGCGGCUCCUUCUAACCCCUUUCUCCUCCCCAGCUCUCAGUUAUGGCCUGCUCUGCCUGGGGAUGGCCUACCUCUCCUCCAUGAUGGGCCCCAUGCUGCAGGCUGCCAUCAGCAUCUUCGGCAUGGUGGGCGGCCCACUGCUGGGACUCUUCUGCCUAGGAAUGUUCUUCCCGUGUGCCAACCCCACCGGUGCGAUCACCGGGUUGGCAGCCGGGCUGGCCAUGGCCUUCUGGAUCGGCAUUGGGAGCCUGGUGUCCAACCUGCGGGCAGCCCCCUCGGCCCCACCGCUGUCCAACAUCACCGACUUCCCGCAGGCCAGCAACCUGAGCACGGCCAUCGCCACCACCCUGAUGACCUCGACCCCGGCCCCAAAGCGCCUCUCGGGGCUCCAGAAAUUCUACAGCCUGUCGUACAUGUGGUACAGCGCCCACAACUCCACCACCGUCAUCCUGGUGGGCCUGUUGGUCAGCCUGCUCACGGGUCCCACCAAGGGAGCGACCGUCAACCCUCGCACUAUCUACCCCGUGCUGCCCCGCCUGCUCUGCUGUCUGCCCCAGAGGUACCGGAAACGGCUGAGCUGUGGGGUGGGCUGCUCCGCUGAGGAUGGGAGCUGUGUGGAGCCGGCGCCCCAGGCCCCGGAGAAGACCGGUAAUGGGAUGCUGAAUGGCCCCAUCGGGGGCCAGGCCUGUGCGGAGGAGGCGGAGGGCGAGGGCUUUGCCAGGGCGGAGGGCGCUCACACCUACAUCCUGCAGGAGACGUCGCUCUGAGCGGGGCCGCAGGCGGUAGAGCGGGAGCUGGUGUCCGGCCGCUGGGGGUGGAACACAAAGACCCCUCUGAAAGCACCGGGCUCGGCCUGGGAACGGCCCCGCUGAGCGCGCACAGCGCGAGGGGGCUGUUCCCCUCUGGGGCGGGUUCCUGGCCCCCCUACCUGCUCCCUGCCCCUGGCUCUGGGCUCCACACACACUCAGGCCACAAAGCACCAAAUGACCCCCUGGGGUGACCGGAGCCCGGCUGAUGGGGUCAGGCCCGAGCCUGGGACUGGGCUAGCCCUGCCUUGCUGGCCACUUGCCCACACAUGCCCUGGGUGGCCCAGGAUUAACUGCUGUGAUGUGCCAAGCUUGGGGGCGGGGUGAGACCCCACUGGUUCCCAGGCCUUGAGCUGGGCCUUGCACUGAUGCACUGGGCGAUGCUGUGAGGGGACCAGCCGGCCUCCUGCUGCGUGGGGCCAGGUGCCCAGGAUCAGGCCCUCGUUUCUAGGUGCACUAAUCCCCGCAGUCCGUCCGUCUGUCCAUCCCUGUGCAGGCUGCCCCUGCCCAUGGGGGGCGGAGGGGGAGUCUGCAGAACCCCUAGACCCCCCCUCAUUUCUUGAUGUCUGGACUGUCUGCCCCUGGAGCCAAGAGCCCUGUCCCUUAGCCUCUCACUGGCCCGCUCCGUGCCCCAGCGGUGAGAUGGGCCCUGCUCCUAACAGACUCUGCCCCAGCCCCACCCGGUGGGGGCCAUGUGCCUUUCCCUGCCGUUGGGCCCCGGCCCCUGGGCUCAGGUCAGCUCAUGACAGGGGGGAGCGAGGCUGGGAACCUGCCCCUGGGCCCAGCCCGGGGCAGCACCUCCCGCUCUGGCCGUGGGAUUCUGCACUGCAGCCUCACAGGGUGUGGUGGCCCCCGGUGCCCGGUUUGCACCAUGCCAGGCGCUGCACUGCAUGCUGGGAGCUGUAGUUUGCUCAGGCCCCUGCUCCAGUUGCAGGUGGAGAUGAUGGACCAGCUGCAUUCCUGGGGGCUGCGGGGCUGCCCUUGUCACCUGGGCCGUUAGCCGGGCUUGGAGUCCUGGUGCUGCACCGCCUUGGGCUCCCCUUCGCCCUGGUGCAGAGCCCAGCCUGUGCCCCCCACAUUCCCCGGGGGGCAGUGACUGUGCUGGGGGUAGAUUGGUUCUGACGCGUGGCUGUAUAGGCUGCUGGCUGCUCCCAGUUGCCCCAGGCAGGAGGCUGGGGCUGGUGCAUGCCGGUGGGGGUACACAGGGCCACAGCUACAAUUUGCAAUGGUGCCCCCUGCUGGCAGCCCCCCCACAGACAGUCCCCCCGCUCACAGCCCACUGCCAGUGCCCCCUGUUCUCAGACCACCCCAUCCCUGCCCCCUGCUGGCAGCCCCCCACAGCCAGUCCCCCUGUUCUCAGACCCCCCACCCCAUCCCUGCCCCCUGCUUGCAGCCCCUCACAGCCCCCCCAUUCCUGCCCUCUGGGGCCCUUCCCUGAUUCUGUUCAACAAGUUGUUCUAAUUGUUCGUUAAUUGUCUCUUGCCCCCAGUACCGGGGGCUGUUGUCUCAGUAAAGUGAUUCUCUGCGAUUA